AUGUCGUUUCUUAACUUUUUCAGCGACGUUGUCCAGCUCAUCUUCCACAGUUUCAUUCCAAUCGUUUUCCUUACCAACGCAUAUAUCCAACCUGGAAUUGGUAUACCACUUAAUUAUUUCGGCAAGGUUAUCGAGUUAAUACCUGAAAUUCCACUGGAAAUCUCUAUGAAGAAGAUGUCCAUGGAAGAGGGAGAACUCGAGCCAGACAACGUCAUCUUCAUCAGCAGCGGUUGCAUUGUGACGAUAGCUGGACAAAAUGCGCAGCCUCCUGCGUCGUCAGAUAGAUUGCUGCCUCUGAAAAGCAUCGCAGGCAUGCAUACCGCAAAGAAUACCCUUAUGGAAUUCGUGGUAAAGCCAUUUCUGAGAGACAGCAGUUGCUGUUCCGUUCUGCUAUGGGGUUUGCCGGGUAGCGGUAAGACUUUGCUUCUAUCAGCUGUUGCCAAGGUUUUGGGCGAACGUGCAUCUUACUACCACUCUAUGGAUAAGUUUCAUGAGCAAUAUGCCCUGAUUCCUCCUGGUAAUGUGGUGAUAAUUGAUUGGCAUCAGGUUGACAAAGAACACAAAGGCUUUGCAAAAUUAUGCCAGCUUCUUGAUGAUGGAUCGUGCGCAGCGAUUAUACUUUCGGUUCGUCAAGCUGAAGAUCUAGAUCUUGGCAUCAGGGUGCGGUUUCCAAUAGAAGUUGAAGUUGACGUACCCAUGGAAGAGGAACGUCUUGAGAUUUUGACGUCUCUGACCGGACAUUCAGCUGACAAUGACCUCAUAGAAUUAGCUAGGCGAGCGAGCUUUUCCUCUUUGCGAACUCACGGUUUUACUGGAGGCGAUCUCAAGUCGAUAGUCACUGCUGCCCGAUUUACAAAAGGAGAUACCGAAAGCGAAAGAUUGGAAAAUGCGCGGAAACGAGUGCGACCUACAGGCAUCCGGCAGUUCAUACUAGAGGUUCCUCAUGUGCGCUUCGAUGAUAUAGGUGGAAACGAAGACCUGAAGCUUGAAAUUCAACAGGUGAGCCUUUUCCUGUUACGUGAGAAUCAAAGAGUGUUUCACUUCAGG